CGUAGGCGUGGUUUUGGAUGGAGAUUCUCCUUCUGCUCCCGCUGGGUUCCCCACCUGCCCUCACACCGUGUUUGUCACCGCGCCAGCUUGUAUUUUUCUGAGCUUCAGCCUCUAAAGCGCGAAUUUUAUGAUAUUAUAUAGUUUUUUUGGGUCACACGGGAUAUAAAUUCUUCUUUUGUCAGGGGGUGUAGUGUAAUUACAGCGCUGUGGACGCGCGGUUUCAUCACCGCCAGAGCGAGAGGCGGUGGCGGCGCACGGCACUCGGCGGAGAGAAACCGGAGCGGACGGCGCGUCCCUUGGCCUCCACACGGCAGCGUGGAAGAGGAACCACAGCGGAGCACCUGGUUCAUGUGGAGGCAGCUCUUCGACGCGCAGGUCGUGCCCGCAGCGGUUCGCGAGAAUGAGAAACACACGCACGAUGCCCAAGAGAUCGCCCUGGCUUUGCGCACUUGUAGUGGCGUCUGUUCUUCUCGCAGUGGACAGCAAGAGAGCCAGACCGCCUCGCUGCCCCUCGUCAUGUAUGUGUACCAAAGAUAACGCGUUGUGCGAGAGCGCACGACUGAUCCCUCGCAGCUUUCCGCCCGAUGUCAUAUCACUAUCGUUCGUCAAGUCUACAUUCACUGAAAUCCCGAAGGACAGCUUCAUCCACACGCCUGCCCUGCAUCUCCUUCUUUUCACAGCCAACAACCUGGAGUCUAUAAACGAAGAUGCUUUCCUUGGUCUUCCUCAUCUGGAGUAUCUGUUCAUAGAAAACAACCAAAUCAAGUCGAUCUCUCCACAUGCUUUCCGUGGACUAAAAACACUUGUGCAUCUGAGUCUGGCCUACAAUAAUCUGGAGACUCUGCCCAAAGAUUUGUUCAAGGGUCUCGAGGCCUUGAUGAAAGUAGACCUGAGAGGGAACCUAUUCAUCUGUGACUGUAAGUUGAAGUGGUUGGUGGACUGGAUAUACAGCACCAACACCACAGUGGACCAGAUCUACUGUAAAGGCCCGGCCUCAAAGCUGGACAAGAAAAUCAACGACCUUGUGCCGCUGUCCUUCGAUUGCAUAACCACAGAGUUCGCUUCCUACCAGUCUCUGAUGUUUGAAUCCAUUUCCGUGGAGGGAUUUUCCUUUGGGAAUGACCAGUAUGUGGUGUUUGCCCAACCCUUUAUAGGGAAAUGCAGCUUUCUAGAGUGGGAUCAUGUGGAGAUGGUCUUCAGAAACUUUGAUGACAUUGACAGCACAUCCACGGUCAUUUGCAAACCUCUGGUCAUCGACAGCCAGCUCUUUGUCAUUGUGGCCCAGCUGUUUGGUGGCUCACACAUCUACAAGCGCGACACCUCUGCCAACAAAUUCAUCAAACUCCAAGGCAUCGACAUCCUCAAAAUUCGCAAACCAAACGACGUCGAGACGUUCCUCAUCGACGGAGAAUCCUUCUUCGUCAUAGCAGACAGCUCCAAGGCCGGCUCCACCACCAUCUACAAGUGGAACGGCAACGGCUUCUACUCUCACCAAUCGCUCCACCCGUGGUACCGGGACACCGACGUGGAGUACAUGGAGAUCUCCUCCAAGCCUCACCUGAUCCUGUCCAGCAGUUCCCAGAGGCCGGUCAUCUACAAGUGGAACAAAGCCACCAAGUUGUUUGAGAGGCGCACCGACAUCCCCGAGAUGGAGGACGUCUACGCCGUGAAGCAUUUCCAGGUCAAAUCCGACCUCUUCAUCUGUCUGACGCGAUUCAUCGGCGACUCCAAAGUGAUGCGCUGGGACGGGGACCUCUUCCGAGAGCUGCAGACCGUGCCCUCCCGAGGCUCCAUGGUGUUCCAGCCCUUCUCCGUGGGCAGCUGGCAGUACGCCAUCCUGGGCAGCGACUACUCUUUCACCCAGGUGUACCGCUGGGAUGCCAAGAAGGGCGAGUUCGUCCAUUUCCAGGAGGUGAACAUCCAGGCGCCGAGGGCCUUCUCUCCAGUCGCCAUAGACAACCGGCAAUUCCUGCUGGCCUCCAGUUUCAAAGGGAAAACUCAGAUUUACGAGCACCUGGUUAUCGAUCUGAGCGACUGAGCCAAUGUGCUCUUGACUGAUGGGCCGAUUGUUUGGUUAUUCGAGUGGUUCAUAUUUUAAGAGAUGGCUGUCGCAGCCGAUGUAAACAACACUGCAAGUGUCAGGUGACUUGUCAGCUAACUUGAGCAAGGUAGGCUUUAGUCUUUUUUUCUUUCUUUUCACUUCCAUUGAAAUCGGUGCACGAUAAAAACAAUAACAUGCAUCUCAACCAAAAUACACUCGGCUGAGAUGCAUGUCGAGUUCAAUGCAUGCACCUCAAAUUAGGAUUAGACCCAAUACGUUGCCAUGGCAUUAAUGCACGAGCAGGGCCUCACGUCGGCCAUCCCAUCCUGAUGAACGCAUCAUCGAUGCUCAUUAAUCCAUUCAAUCUCACCUGUACGGUGUUUUCUGUGUUCAGCUUUUAAUGUGACUCAGCAAUGUUUAUACGUUUGUAAUCUCAAAUAUUUAUCGACAGAAAGUAAUGACGAAAUGGUACUUUAUAAUCUAUUAACUUGUUUAAUUGAACAAAUCUGCCAAAAUGAAAUGUUUACAUUUUUCUGUCUUUCCACACUUGUGCGCCAAACGAUUUGUACAUUUAGCUUUUGUAAGUUUCAGAGGGACCACGCCAGUUAGAUACAUAUUUGUUACUGAGAAUGAUUUUAAACUGUUUCUAAUUUGGGAAGUAUCAACAGAAAUGUGUGAGAAUAUACCUGUAAAUCCUUGCAGUUAACAUUUUUAUUGCUCACGGUUUGUAUAAUGUUUAAAGUAUUGAAAAUUACAGUUUUUCAUAAGAAGUAUGGAAAACAUUUUGGGCACAAGAAACUAUUUUCACACAAUUGAAGGAACUAAAAUGAAACACUGAGGAUAUUGUUCAUAAUGCUUUACCUUUGACUAACAUGUAUGCAAAAUACAUCAACAGUGUCAUGAUUAUAAUUAAGUUAUUGACUAAUAUCAUGCUAUGUAGAGUCAAUAAAGGUUUACAUUAUUAACUGUUA